AUGUCUUCUAUUGUGGGAUUGAACGAUCUUUCCGAUGCACUAAUCGAGGCUGGAUACAAUCUUGUUAAGCCUCAUUCUUCAACUGAGGAGCUUCUUACUCUUCUCGAUGAAACUGAGUCUCUGCUUAGAAAUGUGGAGCAGGAUCAACCAUUGUCAAUGCAAAAUGCCCUAAUUCCAUCGAAGAAGGCUUUGGUAUCAGUUGACCUCUUGAACCAUCCUGAUUCUGAUGUUAGGGUUUCAGUUGUCUCUUGCUUAACCGAAAUUCUGAGGAUUACUGCUCCAGAAGCCCCUUACAGUGAUGAUCAAAUGAAGGAGAUCUUUCGGUUGACGAUUGAAGCUUUUGAGAAAUUAGCUGAUGCAUCUUCUCGCAGUUAUAAGAAAGCCGAGUCUGUUCUUGAUAGUGUAUCAAAGGUCAGAUCAUGCUUAGUGAUGUUGGACUUGGAGUGCUAUGACCUCAUUCUACAAAUGUUUCGGAACUUUGUGAAAAACAUAAGAUCGGAUCAUUCUCAAGUGGUGUUUUCGUCAAUGGAAAUGAUAAUGAUUACCAUAAUAGAUGAAACCGAAGAAGUAUCCACGGAUUGGCUCGAUAUUCUUUUAGCUAGUGUCAAAAAGGAAAAUCAGAAUGUUUCACCAACGUCUUGGAGUCUUGCGGAGAAGGUUCUCAGUAGAUGUGCUCGUAAACUUAGAACAUACAUCAUCAAAGCUUUGAAGUCUGCAGGCACCAGCUUGGAUAUGUAUUCUCCAGUAGUUACAACCAUAUGCCAGAGUGUUCCUGACACUACUAAAGUCCAUAAUGUAGUUAACACCAAAGAAAAUGAGGCAGCUGAACCGAAGUUGGGGAGACAAGUAGCCCAAAGAGAUUCAUUAGAGGACAAACUGGAUUUGGGGCAUUCUCCCAAGGAGAUUCGUUCUAAAAGUGGUUCCAAGAGACCUGCGAGAGAUGGAACUCAACGUAUCAAUGUGAAUGACAAAGUAAGAAACGGAAACAAUUCGAAUUUGUUGAAACAGAGUCUGAAGGAAGUGCGGUCUGAAAGUACAGAUGCAGAAACAGAACUAGGAAUUAUAGGGAAGAGAGGACGAAAACCUAAUUCUUUGAUGAAUCCUGAUGAAGGUUAUGACAUUUCUUGGCUUUCCGGAAAAAGAGAUUCAUUAAGGACGUCUUCAAACACAAAGCUCCAAAUAAAAGGAUCUGGGGGAGAAUCAUCACUUCGAAAGGUGACUACCAAGAAAAGACCUUUGCCUAAAGAAUCUUCCCCAGCCACUAGUAGGUCUCUGAAACGAAGCCAGGUUACGAUCGAUGAAAGUGAUCAUGAUUUAGAUUCUCUUUCUUCACCGAGAUUGAAGAAAUUGGCAUCGUGCUUCCGUGAUGAAGUGCCUCGCGAGAAAGAAUCAAACCAGGAGAGCUAUGAAAUUCCAGAAGACGACAGAAAUAUCGGAAAUUCAAGCAAGAAGACAAGGUCCCAGAAUGGCUUAGAGAAAAAUGAGAGAACAGCAAAGAAGAGGCCAAUUGUUGAAGCGAAGAUUGUGAACUCCAGCGGAAAAAGAUCAUCAGCUCGCUCGGUUGCUAAGAGAAAGAAUUCAGAACGUGCAUCCCUGGAUACUCCUGUUCCACAAUCAUCAAAGAGCAAGAAGAUGGUUUCUCAAGUUGCAGCUAGACAAUUGGCAGAAGAAUCUGAAGAAACUUUACAGAGUCAUCUGACAAGGAGACGGACAGCAAGAAAAGAAGUGGAGUCUGAUACGAAUGGCUUAGGCAAGGAUUUGAUUGGUAAGAGAGUUAAGAUCUGGUGGCCGCUCGACAAGACGUUUUAUGAAGGCAUCGUCAAGUCUUAUUGUAGUCGUAAGAAGAUGCAUCUGGUAGUAUAUACUGAUGGAGAUUCAGAAGAGCUUAAUCUCAUUAAAGAACGCUGGGAGUUACUCGAGGAGGAUCACAACACUUCUGCCAGUGAGGACAUGGAGAUUGAUCUGCCAGAGUCCAUUCCUUUAAUUGACGUAAUGCAGAGGCAGAAAGUCAAGAGAAGCAAAAACGUGGGUGUGUCUGUGGAGCCGACUAGUUCCUCUGGUGUAAGAUCCUCCAGUAGAACAGUUACGAAGAACAAUUCUGGAAAAAAGGUAAAUAAACAAGCGAAAAGAGGCAAAGGUGGAUCGAAGAAGAAGGCUGCCGUUGUGAGCAAAGAAUCCGAAAAAACAAGAGAGGGAAAGAAUCUCAAAUCGUUGAAAGAGUUGAAUGCUGAAACUGAGAGAACAGAAGAGCAGGAAGUGAGUCUAGAUGUGGACCAUGAAAACGAAGAUGGUUAUAGUGAGAAGCAGGAACAAUCCGAAAACAAAAGCGAAGAAGAGAGCCUGGAAUUGGCUGAUACAGAAGCUGAAACCAAGGAAGAAGAGAAACACUUUCCAAAUUCAGAGGCUGAGAGUGAAAGAGAGGGCUCAGAGGACAAACACAAACUUUUCUGA